GAGGUGACUUUUCCCAAUGAGGAAGACAAGUACCCUCUAUUCAUCACUUGGAACAUUUACUCGUCCCCCGCGGCUGUGACCCGCGCCUCUCAAGCUCUCAUCAACGGCACCAAAGAUAGACAGAACGGUUCAUCCGCUAGACUCAGGGGAUGCAUUGGAACAUUUGAACCGAAGCCACUCAAGGAAGGUUUGGGCGAGUACGCUCAUAUCGCCGCCUUCCAGGAUCAUAGAUUCUCUCCAAUCUCUCUAGCAGAGCUGCCGCGGCUAGAGUGUGGCGUCUCCCUUCUGACCUCCUUCGAGGACUGUGAAGACUACCUCGACUGGGAUCUCGGCACUCACGGCAUCUACAUCCACCUCACACCACACGAGAGCGGUGCAAAUGGCUCCUCCCGUCGUUCUCGCACCCUCACCGCAACCUACCUACCAGAUGUAGCCCCGGCACAAGGCUGGUCAAAGGAGGAAGCCAUCGAGAGCGCCAUCCGGAAGUCUGGCUUCGAAGGCAGAAUCACCCAGGAGCUCAAGGAGACGGGACUCAAAGUCAGGAGAUACCGUAGUGAGAAGCUUUCGAGGAACUAUGAGGAUUGGAAACAUUGGAGGGAAGAGCAAGGAAGAGGACAGUGAAAAGUGACGAUAGUACAUAGAUUGUGUAUGGAAGUGACAACAUAAUUGGAUAGAGACAUCGAGUAACAAAAGGAGACGAAGAAGCGGGUGACUGGGUAUAUCUGAGUGGGAAAGGAGAAGAGGGGUCUUCUGUGCGGUACGAAGGUGUGAAAGGCUCUGUUGGCCAUUUAGUGCUCUGGAGGAGUAGCUCUCCUGGUGUCAUUUUCCCACUCCAUGCCGUGAGGAGGCUGCGGACUCUGCCCCUGGCCCCUCUCGUACAUGGCGCCCAUAGGCAGGAAACCAAGUGCGUCUUCUCCGCC